AUGAGCCACGCUAUCAAUGGCCACAUGGACAUUCCCAUCUUCAGGACGGAAGAGGGCAGAUAUCUAGCCAAGUCUCUCGGCGAUCCUUUGAUAAAAGGUCUGACCGAAGUGGCGAAUGUAAAGCCUAAGGAUCCAGUUGCAUUCCUCGCCAGUUUUCUUCAUAACUUUCCUGACCAUGAAAAGCCUCAUUUAGGUACACAGGAGUCCAAAACGAUAGUAACGAGGGAAGCAGCUGAAGUGGAAAAUGAGCAGCCACCACCAGCUGCAGCAUCAGUAAACAUUGGCAAAGCAGCAACUAAUGUAGCCACACGUAUUAGUACAAAAACAGCGACGACGCGACCACGGCCCAUCGACGUAGUCGCCGUAGAGCCACAGACCGAACCUAGCCCAGAUGGACCCGAGGCUGCAUUUAGUAGUGCUAACAGGGACGAACACGGACAGUCGAUGCUACAUUUUGCAGCGGCUCGGGCGCACACGCGGAAUGCGUUAUUUCAAUUACUACAAGAAUCAGACGUCAGCCUUGGCUACCGGGAUGAACUCUAUAGGACGGCACGGGACGUCUCCUUACAGGCAAAUGUUCCAGAAAACACAUCCGAGAUCGACAAAUGGGUGCUGCACUUAGCCGCUAGAGGAAACAAAGAGAAAAUAAUGGAAUUAUUACUAGAGGGUUACGAUCAUAUAUUGGACGUAGUAGAUGAAGAAGGCGCACCAGUAUUAGACGUGAUCACUCAACGAGGCGACACUGAGAUGAGCAGUCUACUCGCUUCUAUACCGACGUUUGAGGAAUCCCGGGAGGCAUUACAUGCUGCCGUCAGAAGAGGUGACUUAGCGGCGGUACGGGAGCAGCUGUCAGCAGAAGGGGGGCGUACCUUAGCUCGCAGCAUGAACACCUUCGGCAGGACAUCUCUCCACAUCGCUGUGCUAGCUCAACACGAAGACAUUGUUGCGUAUAUAGCGCAAACCUUUCCAGAACUACUGCGAAUCGGUGACAACUUGGAGCGUACGCCACUUCACUACGCAAUGGGAGUUGAGAAAAUGGAGAGCCUAAGUAGAGUGCUGAUACGAGCUGGAGCCAAACGGGUCCUCAAGGACCUAAAAGGACGGCAGCCUUCCUACUACUUUAUGAAUAAAUCGGACAUACUACGACUCAAAGAAGAGGAACAAGCAUACUGA